GUGGAUUUGGAUACCCACAUACGAAGGGAACACAAUAUCGCCUUCUCAUUGAUUAUUUUCGUCGAUAUCAUCGAGUUCGCGAUAUCAACCUGGCUCACAUCACAAUUUGAUGUCCAUCAUAACUACUUCAGUCUAGCUGGACGAGACUGCACUUAUUUUCUAUUGUUCACUUCAACAUGGACGCUCAUAUACUCUAGUUACCGCAUUUUUUUCUUCUUGCCUCCUCCAGACAGUAUCUUGGGUAGUAUGGUUGUUCAUAUUCUCUUCCUGUGUCUAACAUGGGUCUUCUGGGCCGUGGGCGCUGCAAGUUUAACUGCAGCUCUUAGUGGACAACUGAAUCGCAAUGCCCAAAGCCUUUUCGUGUACAGCGGUCAACUUAUCGCGCUAGAUGUCUUCGCUUGGGUUAUUUUGGUUCUCGUAACUUUUGCAAUCUUCGUCGUGCACGCCCGCGGCAUUCUCGCAUCAAGUCGAGGUGAUGGCGCACGCGAGCCGCAGAUUGCCUGA